AUGGAAGCGACAAGGGAUUCUGCAACCAGGAGACAAAUUAAGAAAUUCAAUGACCUUCUAACUAAGUCAAGUGAAUCUCCCAGCACUGAUUUGUCAAGGACUGUGGUAAACCUGUCUCAGCGGAAAUUAUCAGCAGAAGAAACGAGCAUCCUCUCGAAAGGCGGGAACUUCGCAAUCACACCGGACUCUGUACCAUUUGAAGACAUCAUUGCAAACAUCGAAUCAGGAAUUCGUAACCUGCAAGCAGAUGUCGCAGAGGAAAUUCGCACAGAAAGUGCCAGAAUUUUACGCCGGGCGAAGCCACCGAAGACUGACAAGGGGAACGCGACUGUAGUACUAAAUACCGUAGACUGCGAAAAGAAAAUUGGUGAUCUGCUAGACCCCAAAACAUACAAAAAGUUGCAACAGGACCCAACCAACCGCAUCCUAAAGAAAACAAAUACGUUAAUCAAGAAGUCAUCUAUCGAACCAGAAAUCCAGCGAAAACUAAGCAAUUCGGAGGCAUUACCACCAAUAUUAUACGGAUUGCCAAAAAUCCAUAAAGAGGCAGUACCCUUGAGACCCAUAGUUAGCGCUAUAGGUUCCCCGACUUACCAUCUCGCCAAGCAUCUAACCAAACUACUUGAACCACUCAUAGGGAGGACAGCAUCACACAUCAAGGACUCGACUCAGUUUAUACAGAAGAUCAAAAACAUCACAUUGUCACCCAAAGACAUAUUAGUGAGCUUCGAUGUUGUUUCUUUGUUCACUAUGGUGCCAGUCAAAGAGACUUUGGAUUUAAUAUCUGCACGUUUUCGGAACGAUGUCACAGAACUUUUCCGACACUGCUUAACCACCACUUAUUUCCAAUGGAACAAGGAGUUUUAUGAACAAGUUGACGGUGUAGACAUGGGAAGCCCAUUAAGCCCGGUCAUAGCAAAUUUUUUCAUGGAAAAGUUUGAACAGCAGGCAUUAAAUACUGCCCAAAAGAAGCCCAAGUGUUGGUACCGCUACGUGGACGACACAUUUGUAAUAUGUAAAGGAACAUAA